GUAAUUUAAUCAUCUAUCUUGUACAGAAUUUUUGACUAAAAUUCUAACAUUAUUCUAACGAUGCUUUAGUAUUUCAAGAAAAAUGUUAUUAUAAUUUCCCAUAUAAAAUGUCUGAACCUUUUUUCAUAUUAUUUUCUAUGCAAUGGUGAAAGAAAAGCUACAUCAAACGCGGAUUUAUGAUAAGGAAGGUUUCAGAAAGAGGGCAGCAUGUGUUUGUGUUAGAAAUGAUUCCGAAUCAGAAGUAUUAUUAGUUACAAGUAGUCGAAGUCCGGACCAUUGGGUAGUGCCGGGUGGUGGAUUAGAGCCCCACGAGGACCCAGAAUCAGCCGCUUCGAGGGAAGCUUUAGAAGAAGCUGGAAUACGUGGCCAACUGGGACGGUGUUUGGGAGUCUUCGAAAAUUCCGAGAGGAAGCAUAGAACUUUCGUAUAUGUGUUUAUGGUGAAAGAAGAAUUACCUUAUUGGGAAGAAGCAUUGAAAAUAGGUCGAAGGAGAAAAUGGUUCUCAGUGAGGGAAGCGAAGCAUGUUUUAGACUUGUAUAGGCCAUUACAAACUGUUUAUCUUAACACACUCAAGGCUUGCCGCUCAUAAUAAUUAAUUAUAAGAUAUCAUUCUCAUGUAAAAAUACUAUUAUAGUUUUAAAAAAAUCGCUUUUAUCAUCAUUUCACAUUUUUUUACGCAACGACCAGAUUUUAAUAAUAUUUUUUUGUUAAAAUUAAAUUUGCCUUUAAAUAAUUAAUUUCACCAAAAUAUUAUUGUAUGGACACUUUGGUUAUGUAAAAACAAAACAA